GAAACACAGUCAUUCACACGCCUGCGAGGUAGAAAAACAAUUUUAGCUGUGAGAUUUGUUUUCAAUUCCUUAAAGAUAUUUUAUAGCGCUGUCUAGCGCUCAAUAUGAGUUUUACGGGCGGCGGAACUAGCACUUCGACAGGAAAUGGCGGUAACAACAAUGUUUUGCCAAUGGCGCAAUUGGCAGACGGUUGGCUAGAGCUUGAAUCGGAUCCGGGCCUAUUCACCUUGUUGCUAGAAGAUUUUGGAUGUCAUGAUGUCCAAGUAGAGGAAGUCUACGACCUACAAAAGCCUAUAGAAAGUCCGUAUGGAUUUAUAUUUUUAUUUCGUUGGAUUGAGGAGCGUCGGGCGCGUCGCAAAAUUGUUGAGACGACUGCCGAAAUAUUUGUUAAGGAUGAAGAGGCCAUUUCGAGCAUAUUCUUUGCCCAACAAGUUGUACCCAAUAGUUGUGCCACCCACGCCCUGCUUUCCGUUCUACUCAACUGCAAUGAGAAUAAUCUGCAGUUGGGCGAAACACUAAGUCGUCUUAAGGUACACACAAAGGGCAUGAGUCCCGAGAACAAAGGCUUGGCUAUUGGCAAUACACCAGAGCUGGCCUGUGCCCACAACUCUCAUGCCAUGCCGCAGGCACGUCGUCGACUGGAACGCACUGGAGCCGGUGUGGCUAGUUGUCGUUUUACUGGCGAAGCCUUUCACUUUGUUAGCUUCGUGCCCAUCAAUGGGCAACUGUUUGAACUCGACGGUUUAAAGCCCUAUCCUAUGAACCAUGGUUGUUGGGAGGAUCACGAGGACUGGACGGACAAGUUUCGUCGCGUGAUGACAGAGCGUUUGGGCAUUGCCACAGGCGAACAGGACAUACGCUUCAAUCUGAUGGCUGUGGUGCCGGACCGACGGAUAGCAAUCACACACAAACUGAAAAUGUUGCGCACUAAUCAGGCCAUUGUGUCCGGGACGCUGCAGAAGCUGCUAAAGGCCGAUGAGCAGGGCGAACGCGAUGAACAGCAGCGUCCAGACACACCCACCACGCUGCUGGAGCCUAGCGCAUUUACAGCGAGAGACUUGCAGUCGCUGCUCAAAAAUCUGGACACGGAAAUCGCCAUCAAUGAGCAGCACUUGGCUGACGAGAAUGAUCGCCGGCAGAUGUUCAAGGUAGACGCGAGUCGCCGCACUCACAACUAUGACAAGUUCAUUUGUACGUUCCUGUCGAUGCUGGCGCAUCAGGGCGUACUCGGCGAGCUAGUCAGCCAGCACUUGCUGCCCUCCAAGAAGAUCAGUGGUCAAAGCGCAGCGAAUCGCAUUAGCAAACAAAGCAGCGCGGCGGCAACGAACACGGCAAGCUCCAAUGCCAGCGCCAAUGCAGGUGCAACAAAAUCGCAGCAGCAGCAACAGCAGCAGCAGCCACAAGCUGCGGCAACAACUCCCAAGAACGGCAAGUCGCCAGUCAAGACACCAGGACGAAGACGCAAGGGUCGCAACAAGUGUAGAAAGCGUAAAUGAUCUGCUCUAUAUGAUCUGACAUCAUUCUUGAGAAGCAUAAUUAAUAUUAGGUUUGCCACUAAGUUAAGUUAGAAUUAUUAAUAAACUUUCUGAAUUUUAAUAUUUUCGCUUUUAUUUGAUCUUUUUUUUUAAUAAUAAAAAACAUUUUGUUCAUGUGAUUAAAUGUUCCAGGUCCUUCUUGGCAUAUUAAGGACUCAACCGUAUGUGUGGUGUGUGUAUUUAAUGUAUAUGAAUACAUAUUUCUAUAUAUCUAUAUGGUAAUUGUAUAACAAGAGAUGAAGAGAACCAUUUACUUUGCUUUCAACUGUUGUAUACCUAAUGAAUGCCAAGCGCUUUCAUAUUUCUUUCAGUUAUGCGCAGCGCAGCAUAAUUUAUGUAAUUAUUUUAUUAUUGGUAAGGUGAACAACAAAACAAAACAAAAACAAUGCAUGCUUGGAUAUGCAAUGUGUAUGCGUAUGCAGUAUGUCUUCAUAUCAUAUAUAAUGUGUAAUGACUAUUUAACUAUAAAAAAAUAAUAUUUUUGUCGUAAGGCAAAUAUGUAUGUUAAACAAACAAAAGAUGUGUACUAAUAAUUGCUGUUUUCAAUAGUAGCUG